AGAGUUGACCGUAUUUUGUUGGACUCAUCGAAAACAAAGGUUAGUAGUGGCUUGGUGCUUGUCUAUACAUUGAUAUAAAUACUCGUACAAACCUUCCUUUCUUUAUUUAUUCCAGUGAGUGGAUGGCAGAAAUAGUGCGUACUAUGGCCGACACUGGUUCGGAUUGGACCAAGGAACAUGCUUACGAUUCCUAUGCUCCACAAAGGCAGAGUGUUCCAGCUCAAUGGUAUGUACUUCAGAGGCUGAUUGUAUAAAACUCUUAAUCACUUUUUUAAUCACUAUUUUGUAUUUAAAUAGUGAUUAACUCUCAAAUACGCGCUUCUUAUUGCGUGACAUUUCGACUUAACUAUGAUUAACUUUAAUCACUUUUUUAUACAACCGCCCCCAGCAAUUUACCCGUGAAACGUUCGGUCGAAUCUGCUGUGUGGGUGCAAGGGGUGGGCACCCACGCCUCGUGGUGUCUAUCACCCCCUAGAGAAGUCCAGCACCACCCUAAAAUAAUCUGCUUGACCAUAUGGAUUUUCUGCUUUUUGAAUAGCGAUUUGCGGAAUUUUUACUGUUAGCGUGUGUCGAUUUCUUCAAACGAUUUAAUUUGUGAGCUCACGAGAAAGUAGUCAGAGUGCUUUAGUUAAAUAUUAUAUUUUCAAAUAUUCUGUACUUUUAGAAGCAAAUGUACUGUACUGUGUUGUGCUACAGAAACUGUCCAUCCAUGCACGUUGAAUGGUGCUGCUGAUAAUAUAUUUAAAGGCAUAUAACCAUCCAAGUUGAAUGGUUAUGUUGAUAAUGUUCAAACGCAUCACCAUACAACUUCAAUUGUUAUACGGAAAAUGUUCAAAGGCAUAACCAUUCGAAAUUGAAUGGUUAUAUUGAUAGCAUUAGUCAAAAUAUACACGGGCAACGUUUCAAGAAAUACAAAAAGAAUUUUGGAUCUUUCUGAAAUUCAGUGUUGCCGUUUGCAGUGUCUGUAUAAUAUGAAUUGACUGAAAAAGCGUGAGAAAAGUUUCAAUAUUUUAUACCGCGUGUCUGUAAAUAUGCGUAUUGCCUUAAUCCGAAAUGCUAACCCUGACCGCUAUGUCUUCAUCUAGGUUUGUGGAUGGGGAAGACUACUUUUACGCUGUUUCGAAAGCUCUCGAUGAAGCCAAAGAGGAAAUAUACAUCACAGAUUGGUGGUAA